GUUUUCCCGCGGUUGGACGCGGCGCUGGGUUGCCGGGCGGGGGAGGGCGCGUCCGGUUUUUCUCAGGGGACGUUCAAAUUAUUUUUGUAACGGGAGUCGGGAGCCGGCUGGGCGUGCCCCGACGUGCGCGCGCGUCGCCCUCCUCCGCGCUGCUCCACAGCUCGCUGUCUCCUGCCCUGCGAGGGCGUCAUGCCGCCCAAAACCUCCAGAAGAGCGGCCGCCAGUGCUGCCCCAGCCGCCGCGGAACCUCCAGCACCGCUGGCCCCUCCCAGCCCCCCGCCACCACUGAGCGUGUGCAGAAUGGUGACAGGGUUCUGGGGGGAAGGCGGCCGGGAGGGUCUCGGGCUCCAGCUUGACAGGUGUCGGGCGGGUGGGGCUCGGGUCCCUGAGCGAAGUGACAGGUGCAAUCUUUCCUCGAGCGAGAGGAGGCUCGAAGGCGGCGGGAAAUUGGUCGGCUCCGUGGAGCAGCGGAAUGCGCGGCACAGGCGGCGGCGGAUCCCAUAUGCCACCGCCGUGCGAAUGUCAUCCAGGUUGGUCAGAAACAGUCCGGCAGUGGGAGAGUGCCCAGUAUCCCAGGGCGGGAGGAUUGGGAGGAAGGGGAUCGCAGUGAGCGUGUGCAGAAUGGUGACAGGGUUCUGGGGGGAAGGCGGCCGGGAGGGUCUCGGGCUCCAGCUUGACAGGUGUCGGGCGGGUGGGGCUCGGGUCCCUGAGCGAAGUGACAGGUGCAAUCUUUCCUCGAGCGAGAGGAGGCUCGAAGGCGGCGGGAAAUUGGUCGGCUCCGUGGAGCAGCGGAAUGCGCGGCACAGGCGGCGGCGGAUCCCAUAUGCCACCGCCGUGCGAAUGUCAUCCAGUAGGCUUGAGUUUGAAGAAACUGAAGAUCCUGAUUUUACUGCAUUAUGUCAGAAAUUAAAAAUACCAGAUCAUGUCAGAGAAAGAGCUUGGUUAACUUGGGAGAAAGUUUCAUCUGUGGAUGGAGUCUUGGAAGGUUAUAUUCAAAAGAAAAAGCAAUUGUGGGGAAUCUGUAUCUUUAUUGCAGCAGUUGACCUAGAUGAGAUGCCAUUCACUUUUACUGAGUUACUGAAAAACACAGAAACCAGUGUCUAUAAAUUCUUUGACUUACUAAAAGAAAUUGAUACGAGUACCAAAGUUGAUAAUGCUAUGUCAAGAUUGUUGAAGAAGUAUAAUGUAUUAUGUGCACUCUACAGCAAGCUAGAAAGGACAUGUGAACUUAUAUAUUUGACACAGCCCAGCAGUUCGAUAUCUACUGAAAUAAAUCCUGUGUUGGUACUAAAAAUUUCUUGGAUCACAUUUUUACUAGCAAAAGGGGAGGUAUUACAAAUGGAAGAUGAUCUAGUAAUCUCAUUUCAGUUGAUGUUGUGUGUCCUUGACUAUUAUAUCAAACUUUCACCUCCUGCAUUGCUCAAAGAACCAUAUAGAACAGCUGUGAUACCCAUUAAUGGUUCACCUCGAACACCGAGACGAGGUCAGAACAGGAGUGCGCGGAUAGCAAAACAACUAGAAAAUGAUACAAGAAUUAUUGAAGUUCUCUGCAAAGAACAUGAAUGUAAUAUAGAUGAGGUGAAAAAUGUUUACUUCAAAAAUUUUAUACCUUUUAUGAAUUCUCUUGGAAUUGUAGCUUCUAGUGGACUUCCAGAGGUUGAAAGUCUCUCAAAACGUUAUGAAGAUAUUUAUCUAAAAAACAAAGAUAUAGAUGCAAGAUUAUUUUUGGAUCAUGAUAAAACUCUUCAGACUGAUCCUAUAGACAGUUUUGAAACACAGAGAACACCACGUAAAAGUAAUCCUGAUGAAGAGGUGAAUGUGAUUCCUCCACAUACUCCAGUUAGGACUGUUAUGAAUACUAUCCAGCAAUUAAUGAUGAUUUUAAAUUCAGCAAGUGAUCAACCAUCAGAAAAUCUGAUUUCCUAUUUUAAUAACUGCACAGUGAAUCCAAAAGAAAGUAUCCUGAAAAGAGUGAAGGACGUUGAAUACAUCUUCAAAGAGAAAUUUGCUAAAGCCGUGGGUCAGGGAUGUAUUGAAAUCGGAUCACAGCGAUACAAACUUGGAGUCCGGUUGUAUUACCGAGUAAUGGAAUCCAUGCUUAAAUCUGAGGAAGAACGGUUGUCGAUUCAAAAUUUUAGCAAACUCCUGAAUGACAACAUCUUUCAUAUGUCUUUAUUGGCCUGUGCUCUUGAGGUUGUAAUGGCUACUUAUAACAGAACUACAUCUCAGAAUAUUGAUUCUGGAACAGAUUUGUCUUUCCCAUGGAUUCUGAAUGUACUUAACUUAAAAGCCUUUGACUUUUACAAAGUGAUUGAAAGUUUCAUCAAAGCAGAAGCCAACUUGACAAGAGAUAUGAUAAAACAUUUAGAGCGAUGUGAACAUCGAAUCAUGGAAUCCCUCGCGUGGCUUUCAGAUUCACCUUUAUUUGAUCUUAUUAAACAAUCAAAAGACCGAGAAGGGCCAUCUGAUCACUUUGAAGCUGCUUGUUCUCUCAAUCUUCCUCUCCAGAAUAAUCACACUGCAGCAGAUAUGUAUCUUUCUCCUGUAAGAUCCCCAAAGAAAAAGGGUUCAACUCCACGUGUAAGUUCUACCGCAAAUUCAGAGACACAAGCACCCUCUGCCUUCCAGACUCAGAAGCCAUUGAAAUCUACCUCUCUUUCACUCUUUUACAAGAAAGUGUAUCGACUCGCGUAUCUUCGACUAAAUACUCUAUGUGCACGCCUUCUGUCUGACCACCCAGAACUAGAACAUAUCAUCUGGACCCUUUUCCAACACACACUGCAAAAUGAAUAUGAACUCAUGAGAGAUAGGCAUUUGGACCAGAUUAUGAUGUGUUCCAUGUACGGCAUAUGCAAAGUGAAGAAUAUAGACCUAAAAUUCAAAAUCAUUGUAACGGCUUACAAGGAUCUUCCUCAUGCUGUUCAGGAGACAUUCAAACGAGUUCUGAUCAGAGAAGAGGAAUAUGAUUCUAUUAUAGUAUUCUAUAACUCGGUCUUCAUGCAGAGACUUAAAACAAAUAUUUUGCAGUAUGCUUCUACCAGGCCCCCUACCUUGUCACCAAUACCUCACAUUCCUCGAAGCCCUUACAAGUUUUCUAGCUCACCCUUACGGAUUCCUGGGGGAAAUAUCUAUAUAUCGCCCCUGAAGAGCCCAUAUAAAAUUUCAGAAGGUUUGCCAACGCCAACAAAAAUGACUCCAAGAUCAAGAAUCUUAGUCUCAAUUGGUGAAUCAUUUGGGACUUCCGAGAAAUUCCAGAAAAUAAAUCAGAUGGUAUGUAACAGUGACCGUGUGCUCAAAAGAAGUGCUGAAGGAAGCAACCCUCCUAAGCCACUGAAAAAACUACGCUUUGACAUUGAAGGGUCAGAUGAAGCAGAUGGAAGUAAACAUCUUCCAGGGGAAUCCAAAUUUCAACAGAAACUGGCAGAAAUGACAUCUACUCGAACACGAAUGCAAAAGCAGAAAAUAAAUGAUAGCAUGGAUACCUCAAACAAAGAAGAAAAGUGAGGAUCUCAGGACCUUGGUGGACACUGUGUGACGUUUGCUCUUGGUUUUAUUAAUUUAUAUGUAUAUUUUUUUAAUUUAACAUGAACACCCUUAGAAAAUGUGUCCUGUCUUCCAAAUGUAAUUCGACUGGCUGCCCAGUCACCCAAAUAUCCUGAACUCUUCUGCUAAAAUAGAAAUUAUUAGAAACUAGAAAAAAAAUACUAAUUUUUAUGAAUCAGAUGUUAUUUUACUGUUGGAAUCUGAUGUAAUAUGUACUUGUUUUAUAAUUUUUCACUUUUAAGUACAAGCAGAAAGCAAAGUAUGAACGUGAUACUGUCCUACUACUGACAGAGAUUUCAUACCUCAGAACUUGGAAGAACUUACUCUUUCCUUCAUCUAACUCAUGCUUUAAAAGGAGGACUAUUGAUAGUACUUUUGAUUUUUAUACUAUUCAGAUCACUGAAUUUAUAAAGUACCCAUCUAGUACUUGAAAAAAUAAAGUACUCUGGCCAGAGCUUUGCUGUAGAGGACCCUGGUAUAAUAUAUCCCAAGUGCACUUUCUCAUUUCUCUGGGUCCUAAGGAAUCAAGAUAUAAAUUAAUUUUAUUCCAUAAGCAGACUGUUAACUAUAAUUGCCUUAAUUUUUUUUUCCUUAAAGAUCUGUCUGAUUGCAUCUCCACAGUUACUCUGCCGUCCUAAAUUUGGGGAGAUUUGCUUUUCUCUGGAAUGGUACAUGUCUUCCAUGUAUCUUUUGAACUGGCAAUUGUCUAUCUUUUUUAAAAAAAGUCACGAUGAUCUAACAAUGGCACAUUCAAAACCAUAUUAUUUCUAGUCCAAAACUGCAAGGAAUCAAAGAUUUUGUAGGUUGGCAUCAAUACUUCUUUCUGACUUUGUAUGGAAGCUUCAGAUUAAAACAGCUGCAUUAAAAAAAAGAGGUGCAUCCCUGCCCCUACACCUAAAGGUGUAUUUAAACUAUCUUGUGUGAUUAACUUAUUUAGAGAUGGAAUAAUUUAAAAUAGGUGGUAUUUAAGAUAGCAUCAGCUAGCUUUUAGGAAGAUCAUUUUGUCUAAACUCAGAGUUCUCUUUUAUAAGAAGUCUGGUCUUAUUUGUUAGAAAACAAAAAAUUUAUUUUGUGCUCAAUUAAGUCUCAGAUCUGCUAUUUUGACAGUUAUAUUGAUAACAAAGGCACUAGAAAGCUUUACCCCAUUUCUGCAUUACUUUUUGCAUGAAUAUCAAACCAGUCAGUUAGUUUUUAGAUCAAAGACUCACCAUAUUUCUGAAUCUUGUGCUAAUAUGUUCACAUUAGAAUUAGUGUCGGAAUUUUAGGAACUUCAGUGAUCGUGUAUUGAGAUUUCUUAAAUAAAGCUCCAGAUAUUGCUUUAUUGCUUUUUUUGUAUUGAUUAAAAGUGUACAUUUAAAAUUGCUGUUACUAUUUUCUACAAUUAAUAGUUUUGUCUAUUUUCAAAUAAAUUAGUUGUGAAGAGUC